CAUUGGCAGGCAGAUUCUUAACCACUGCGCCACUAGGGAAGUCCCGAAGGAUGCUCUUUGUACCUUCGUACCCCUGCUAUGCAUCAGGCAGGAUAAGAAAGGAAGGCAGAGCAGUAUUAUUUGCAAUUGCCAAAAGGAGGAAGCAACCCAGUGUCCAUCAUGAAUGGAUGGAGAAACGACAUGGGGUACAUCCAUACAAAAGAAUAUUAUUUAGCCUUAGAAAGGAAGGACGUUGGUUCAGUCGGGUCCCGGCACUGGCUGCAGUGACUCCUACUCCUGUCUUUUCUGGCUCUCCUCGCUAUCUCCCUUUCACUUCUAGAAAUGUGGUCUCCAGUGUGGCUGUCUCUGGUGUCAUCAAAGUGUUCAGUGACAUGAAGGUGAGUAAGUCGUCCUCACCAGAGGAUGUGAAGAAGCGCAAGAAGGCGGUGCUCUUCUGCCUGAGCGAGGACACGAAGAACCUCAUCCUGGAGGAGGGUGAGGAGAUGCUGGUAGGUGAUGUGGGCCAGACUGCAGACAACCCCUGUGCCAUCCUUGUCAAGGUGCUGCCACACAAGGACUGCCAUUACGCCCUCUGUGAUGCAGCCUGUGAGACCAAGGAGAGCAAGGAGGAGGCCUGGGCCCCUGAGUCUGCACCCCUGAAGAGCAAAAUGAUCUAUGCCAGCUCCAAGGUUGCCAUCGGGGAGAAGCUGAUGGGGAUCAAGCAUGAAUUAGAAGCAAACUGCUACGAGGAGGUCAAGGACCACUGCACCCUGGCAGAGAAGCUGGGGGCCAGCGUUUUCAUCUCUCUGGAGGGCAAACCCCAGACCUGCCCACGGGGGUUGCAGGCUGCCCCCUUCCUGCCAAACCAGAGGGGCUGGGGGGGGGGUCCCAGCAGGGGGCGGGCAAUCCCUUCACUCCAGUUGCCAAACAGCCUCCCCACCUCCUGGGCCAUCCUCCUCCCUCCAUCCCUGAAGGUUCUGGCCUUCCCAAACUGCUUUUUUUUUUUUUUUUUUUUUUUUUGCGGUACGCGGGCGUUUGCUUCGAAGGUGAAGCGCGUGGGUCUGUGCUCGGCACUCGCUGCACGGUAA